GGAACUUAUUUGACAUAUGUGAUAUUUCAUUCCAUGUUCAAUAGUAAACAGCUGUUUUCGCUAAAUAAAUGUAGUGUUCUCAAUAUAAUUACUUUUAAAUAGGUACGAUGACAGAUAACAGAAAACUAGUAAAAAAUACACUUUUUAAUCCUGCUGUUACCGGAAGUACACUGGAUGAUUUCUCUCAAAAUGCUGUCUUACUUCCUGCUAUGGAAAAACCACCUCCGCCUAUACUAAACAUUAAACAUGAGGAAAUUUUGCAAGAAACUACCCAGCCACGAACUGACAUAUCAGCGGCGGUAUUAAGCCCAACAGAAUCCUUAGAGGUUCAACCAUCAAUAUCAAAUUAUUUUCAACAACCCCCUCCUGCCCAACAAGAGAUCUCUUUCGACACUCCCCAAGAACAUUAUCAAGCACCCUCGAACUUAAGCUCCGUAUUAUCGUCAUUUUCGAAUUACUUGAAAAUUGGAAGUGGAUUUACACAAUCACAACCGAUACCUCAAGAAAUAGAGUCUCCUGUGCCACCUCCGGCAGGUUUGGAGCAUCUGAUUGGUCAGGAACAAAGUAACGCCCCUCCUGUACCUCUAUUUAACGUUGCUAGUCCAUUGGAGCCUGUUCAAGAACCUUCUAAAGUACCACCAGCAAAUACAGGUCCAGUGAACACUUUCAGACGACCAGGGUUGAAGCGACCAGCUUACGCGCAAGUUCCUGGGUUAACUAACAACUCGAACCUUCCACCUACACCUGUUUCAGCUCCAAUACCGCCUCAGCCAUAUAAUUUACAGCAACCUCCACCUGUUCAGCACUUCCAGCCUUCCAUUUCACCAGCGAGUUCAACAUCUUCGAUUCAAGAAGCUACUUUGGCUCUUAACAGCCAAUUUAAGCCUAUAAAUCCACAGCCUCCUUCCUUUCCGCAGGUGAAGCCUAAUAUACCUUUCCCACAGCAUUCUCAAAGCGUUCUGCAAGGACAAGUAGGUCCAGUGAUGGAUGCUAUACCGGCUAGUGAAAUGCUCGCUACAGAGCCUGAUGGGUUUGGUCCUGGAUCCAGUGUGGCAGGACCCACAAAUAAUGCACAGACGAGUAAAAUUUAUAGGCCUGUUUAUCACCAUUGGUUCUAUAAAAAGGAAGUUGAAGGCAAAUCUAUAUGGAUACCGUUUUCGAUGGUUGAUUCCCUGGCUUUAGAGCACGAGUUCACAUCAAACGAUUUGGAUCCGGAUAAAGUCUUGGCAACGGACGGUGGGCGUUACGACGUAAAUAUUCUGCGCAGACAGAGAACUCCGGUGUAUUGGAAAGGAGCUACGACGGAAGUGCGCAGGUGUUCAUGGUUUCAUAAAAACAACGGCGACAGACGUUACACUCCGUACGACGAAAAUAUCGCUACGAAAUUAGAAUCUGAAUUUAAACAAGCUUUCGAAUCAAAUCAAUGGCAUAAGGAAGUAGACGUAGGCAAUGGCGAAAAAGUAGUUUUUCAUGGACCUGAUACAUUAGUGUUGUUUCCGGCUAACCACAACACUGACACGUGGGCAAAUGCUCCUAAUCAAGUCAGACCUAUGGUAGUCAAACGUGGAAUGGAUGAAUUCGACAUAGAUGAAGGUGAACCAACCCAGGUUGAUCAUCUUUUAUUUAUAGUACACGGUAUAGGAUCUGUGUGCGAUUUAAAAUUCAGAACUGUAGAGGAAGUUGUGGACGAAUUUCGAAACAUCGCUUUACAGCUCCUCCAAUCCCAUUACAAAUCUUCUUGCGAACGAGGAAUAGCUAACAGGGUUGAAGUUCUUCCAGUAAGCUGGCAUGGAAAAUUGCACUCUGAUGAAACUGGUGUUGAUGAACAGUUAAAAAAUAUUACUUUGGAAAGUAUUCCAAGGUUAAGGGCUUUUACAAACGAUACUAUUCUAGACGUGCUAUUUUAUACUAGUCCUCUGUACUGCCAAACCAUAAUUUCGACUGUUGGCGACGAGCUCAAUAGGCUUUACAGUUUAUUUCAACAGAGAAAUCCUUCAUUUUCUGGCGGAGUUUCUUUAGGAGGUCAUAGUUUAGGAUCUCUAAUUCUUUUUGAUUUAUUGGCACAUCAACGUCCAGCAGAGCCAGAGGAACCGAGUGAUGAUUUAACAGGUACAUACUUCAUCAAAACUAUCGUAUUUUUCUUAAUUUUUUUUUUUGUAUUUUCAGGAAAUUCUUCUGAAACUAAUGGAACCACCACGGACAAAAAAGUAUGUAGGAGAAUCAGUUACUUAAUGGGAACAGUGGGAGCUGGACAAGUAAAAAUUUCAUACCCACAUCUCUCAUUUCUUCCAAACGCCUUCUUUGCAUUAGGUAGCCCCAUAGGGAUGUUUGUAACCGUUAGAGGACUUGACAAGCUUGGAGAACACUUCUCUUUACCAACUUGUCCAACCUUCUUCAACAUUUUCCAUCCAUACGACCCGGUGGCUUACAGAAUUGAAGCUUUAAUUAACCCAGAACUGGCAAAAUUAAAGCCUGUACUCAUCCCACAUCACAAAGGCCGUAAAAGAAUGCAUUUAGAAUUGAAGGAAACUAUGGCUAGAGUUGGUGCUGACUUGAAACAAAAAGUGUUUGACUCAAUGAAGAGCACAUGGAACUCGUUUUACCAGCUGGCAAUGUUCCAUAAACAAGACCAACCUGCCCUUGAAGCUGAGGUGAGCAAGAACAUUCAAAACCAACUGGAAACAACGCCUGAAGAGGAUGACCAAUGUGAGCAAGAACCUAUCCAAGAGCAAACUGACAUACCCUUAGGGCAGCUGAAUAAUGGAAGAAGAAUAGACUAUGUAUUACAGGAAGCCCCCUUGGAGUUUUUUAACGAAUAUAUUUUCGCUUUAACUAGUCAUGUGUGUUACUGGGAAUCUGAAGAUACGAUUCUAAUGAUACUGAAAGAAAUUUACUCUUCAAUGGACAUCCAGACAGAUAACAAAAUUCCUCAACAAACUAUGACCAUAGAACGUCCACCAUCAUCGCCUAAAUACCAGAAAAAGACGGGAAUGGACCCUACAUACCCUGCGACAGCAAGUACAAAUUUACCUCCACCACCAACAAGUGGUUUUGUAAGAAAAACAUAGUACAUGCUUUACCAUUGGGUUUAUAGACCUUUAGCUCAAAGGUACGCACCAUAUUUGUUGACAAAUCGGACAUAUUCAGUUAGGAAGAGGCGCAUUAAAUACAAUGUUUAUAACAGCCUAUAAUUUCUAUUACUGUGAUGAAUACGUUAAUUCGCUGUAAUUUGUUGAUGUUUGAUAAUUUUAUUUGUUAUUUUGUACCUGUCGUUGUAAACAAAUUUAUUUAAAGUAAAUAAGAACACAAGACUUAUAUAUUAUAUCACGGUAUAUCCUAGGUUAUACCGUGAUGAUAUCAAUAUAUUUUGUACCCUAAAUAAUAA